AUGCUCCCUAUGCUGGGACGCUCGUACUGGCCUAUGCUGGCUAUGCUAAGUCUGCCUUAUACUGGCUAUGCUCAUGCUAUACUAUGCUGGUGCUUCAUACUAGCAUACUCGGAUUCUAACAGCGUGGCGGGCGGAGGCGUCCAUAUUUGGGGUCACAGUCCCCAUACGCCACUAUGCGGUCCCCAUACGCCAAGGCAAUACAAAAAAAUCUCUCUACCCCCCCCAGGCCUGGACCACAGCCCCGUAUUGAUUGGUCCUUACGCGUGUGAUUCUCCAUCGCUGACGAUUCCGAAGAUCUUUCGAGGAGCACGUGCUCUCUGCCUUCAGCAGAGUUCAAACGGGCUUGCGUUGUCAAAUACCCNGGGCAAGCUUUGCAAUGUCUAG